AUGGCCCGGAUGAAGCGGCAUCUAUUGGCCAUCGUUUUGCUGUUGGGAAUUGCUGGAGUUGCAUGCCAAAAAAGCAACGAAGAUGACAACAGCCAGGAAACCGAUGCUGACAACAAAUUAACGAUCUCUUCGAAAGAAAAUGUUGUCAAAGCCGACGACAAACUUGUGGUAUCCUGUGUUUUCAACGGCGAUCUAGCCGACCCGGCCGAUCUCAAAUGGUUCGAUCACAAAAAUCGACAAAUCGACGGCGAAUCUAACUCGAGGGUCUUCACGAUUUCGCUGGCCGAACAUAAGACGGGCCAUCGGAAGAAGAAUUUGCAUUUUUCGAGCCUUGAGGCUUCGGAUUCGGGUACAUACACUUGUGUGGCGACUGAUUUGGAUGGAAAGGUGCAUCGGGCACAGUCUAAGAUCGAUGUUACACCGCCUGUGCACUGGGCUGAUACAGCGACCGUAGUUGGUGGAUUGGCCGGAGAGAGGCUCAUUAUCAACUGUGGAGCUUCCGGCGAGCCAUCUCCAAGUAUAAUGAUUGUUUCUGGAUCUGGAGAACCAUUGGAUGAAUCUCAAUUCGUCAUUGCCGGAAAUGAAGUGACAAUCCCAGCACUAACUAAAGAAUAUGAUGGUCGUGAAGUUAGCUGUAUGGCUAUGCAGAUUUAUGAAGAUCGUGAUACGACCCUGGUUUCCAAAAAAUCUGUAACCAUCGAUGUGUGGUUUGUCCCAGAAUUCGCCGCGGAAUCCAUCGAUCGAUAUGCAAUUAUUGGACGCAGUGCAGUUUUGCCCUGCAACACGACUGCCUCCAACCCGAUCCCAUCAACAUACACUUUUUACAAAAAUGAAGAAAAGAUCCAUGAUGCUGAGCGAUUUUCGCUCGUUAAGCACGUGCUCGACCAUUCCGCCGCAUUGACCAUCAAGCACGUUACGAUUGAUGAUCUUGGAGAAUACAGAUGCGAUGUGAACAACGGAAAAGCGAUCGGAAGCUUGACGCUACACUUGAAGGAAGCCAAUCCUCCUGAUGAGGUGAAAGUGAGCCUCGAAACCACAUCCCGACACUCUAUGCUCUGGAGAGUACAAGCCGAUACAACCUCCGAAUUGCCGGUGCUUCGUAUCGAUGCGGAAUACCUAAGAAAGAGCCUCCUGCGACGUGGAAAUGAUGGGGAGGAGGAUACGACCGGUGAGUACGAUGAGCCAGAAGAGAAUGGCGUUUGGGAAGCACAGGGGAAUAAGUUCAGUAGGACGAAAACCGACAAUAAUCUAUACGAAAUCACUGGAUUGAGGAUGGAUACGGAUUAUAUUUUCCGGUUCAAAGCGAUUAAUGAGGCUGGAGAGGGUGAUAUGGUUGAAGUAACCGCCCGUACAGAAGGAUACGAAGAACUAUCAGCCAGUUCGACACAUACUGCCAUUUUCACCAUCCUCCUUUCUCUCCUCGUAGCCAGCUUC